AUGCCAUUUGUCGACCCUGGACACCCUCUUCACGACCUCUUCCCCCCACGAGUUUGGGCAAUUCGCAUUCCCGUUAUUCUGACACUUCUUGGUUCCGCUGUUGUUGGAACGUUCCUCGGAUUAGUUAUGAUUCGCAGCAACCGGAAGAAGGCCGCCAAAGCGAAAGCAGCAGCGAAGAAGAAAGCCUAG